AUGGCUGAUUAUCGUUCUCCGAUGCUGCAAAUCCCUCACCGAAAACCCGUUAAUCCUGGAAAUGCCGGCCUACAAUUCCAUUCCUCUGGUUCUCCUGACCCGCAACAUCGUCAGCACCAGACAAUGAGAUCACAAUCAUAUCAAAACCGGCCCCAGGUCGCGUCUUCCUCGUACUACCCAAACCAAAUGCACCAGCAACAGCAGACACCUCCCUUCCACCACCAACAGCGCAAGCAGUCCCAGCCCAUGAAUCCUAAUUACCCAGCGCGAACCCCCUCAAAUGCGACAACAUCUACCACUUCUACUGGAGGAAAUGGGUCUCAAACUAAUCCCCAGGCUGACGUCCGGCGGAGCUCCUCAUCACGCUCCGGUCAUGCGCCUAUUGGCUACGUCGCGCUCAUGCGAAAACAAAAAGCCACUGUAUGGUGUGACCGUGCCCAGCAAGAAGACCCGCGGGUAGUCGCGCAGAGACGAGCGGCAAAGCAGAGGGCAGCCAUAGAAGUGAAUGGCGGAGGUGGUCGGAGCGCCACGCUGGUCAGCACCGGCAAAAUACGACACAAUACCUCCUCGCGCUCCAUAAACUAUAACACGGGCACCAUGGUUGGUGCAGGCGUACCUCUUCGACUAAGCGCUAACGAGAUUGGCGACGCCGAAGAUGAUAAGGAUACCGACGGACCCGCCUUCCAUCGCCGAACGGGCAGCGGGCGGAGUUCCACAGGCAGCAGCCGCUUUCCUAGUGGUUACCAGAGACCUCAGCAGGGCCGAUUUAGCAGCAGUAGUAACAGUAACACGCCGCCAAAUAUGGACCCUGCAGACCGGGUACAGACUGACAUUCCUGAAAUUGUGGAGACACCCGCUCCUUUGGGACUCGACGAGGAGAAGUCCUAUUUUGACAGCAAAAAAGGUCUCGCUGGCGCUAAUGACGGCUCAGCAGCGGCAUCGUCGUCACUGGAAGUGGCAAAUGGGGACAGGCCGAAAUCUGACCGUGCUUCGAGCAUGAAGAGUGACGCCAGUGACCUGGAAGAAGAUUUCGGUGCGCUUACGGAGAUGAGCGCGCCAAGCGGAGCCGCUGCUGCAGCGGGCAGAGGGAAAAAACUCGACGAUCUUAAACGGAGGGGGAGUGUGGAUGAUAGAUCCACUAGAAUGAGCAAUGUGAGGCUUUUUGUUGCGAAUCCAGACUUGAGUGACUGA